AUGCAAAUAUUUAGUGUUUCAUUCUUGCCGAUUCCUGCUCCCGGAAUUCCUACUCAAACGCCACCCCCUCAAAAUCAAAAAAAAUUGGGUGGGAACGAUAAAGAGUCGUCAGCUACGUCAACUGCCACUUCUGCAUCUAUUGUCAAAUCAUAUCAAUCUCGAACUUCGCCUCCAAGAUAUUCAGUUGGACCUAAAACCCCACCUCACUUAUCUCCUCACAGAGAUCGUUCAGAAAUAGAAAAUCCAACAUUUGUCACAUUACCACCUCAUCUUUUUGGCAUGUCAAAAUGGGAAGAUAUUGGUAUCCUAACAAAAGUGCUGGCCACUUCACAACAAGAGUACCUUGACAGUUUAAAAAGACAGCGCGAUGAACACAAAGAAGAAGGAGAUAAGAAAUAUUUAUAUGAUACAGAAAAACCAUCUACUUCUCAAUGAAAUUAGAAAAUAAUGAUAAUGUUGAUAAGAUAUACAUUAUGCAUUAUUAUUAAGAUCAACAAUUUUUUCUCGCCGUUUUUUUUUAAUUAUUUUUAUUUUAAUCUACCACGAGCUUUAAUAUCUUGCCUGGGUGGCUCCCAAAAGGUACUUCACCGAUCACAUAAUUUUCAUUCAAUCAAAUUUUUUAACUAAUACAUUAUAAUCAUUUUUUUUAAAUUUUAAUUGUUUAGGUAGGUAAUUAUUUGUUUAUGCUCUGCCACCAAUCCGCAUAAAAUUUAUUAUCCUGCUAUCUGGCAACCUUACGUCAGCAUAAUUAAAUCUAAAAUUUGAAUAUUUCUCUGUAUCUCAAUAUUUAAUGUGUUUGUUACAGGGUUGGCAAAAACCCGGGCUUUUUAGAAAAAAUCCAACCCGGUUAGGUUUUUUCGGGUUUUUCAAAUAAAACCACAAAAACCCAAUGGGUUUUAAUGUAAAAGUAAUAAUGGGUGGUUUUAUCAGAUUUUUUCAGAAAAAACAUCCGAAAAAAAUAAAAAUUGAAAUUUUUUAUUAAAAAUAGAAUAGAAUUUUUUCUAUUGGCCAUUAGUGUGUAAUUUUUUCUAUUUUAUUCUUUAAAUUGUACCUACCUAAUUAAAAAAUAAUUAUUAAUUUUUUUUCAAAUAAAUUUAAUAUUUGAAUUAGAAAAAUAAAUAAUACUUAUAAGGUAAUUUUUUCUGAAAAUUAACACAAGUUAAAAAAAAAUAAGAGUGAACUUCUAUUUUAUCCAGAAAAGUAACCCGGGUUUUAUGGUUUUUU